CCAUAUUUCAUGAACUUAAUGUUAUUUUAAGAUCAAAGAAUGCAAUUGACUAAACCUAACCACAGUCUUCACCUGAAUUAUACGUAGUGUCGCGCAUCUCGCCUGUAGCAGUUUACGGCAGUGUGAUGUCCUUCUGUUUUCCGACAGUACAGCGUGGUGGAGGUCAGGGAUGCUGUUUUACACAACCGGCGAUCAAAACUAACGUGUCAUUUAAGUAUAUCAUUAAAUAUUCGGCCUUUUAUUGAAAAGGAGACUUAUUGUCUCUGUAUACAGUCUCUGAAAGGCACUGUCACCACCGCUUGUAAGGAGUCUGUCUGAUUUAUUCACAAAGCUAGCUGUAGCUAACGAUAGCAUUAGUUACACCUCAUCAGCUUAGUUUGCUUUGUCCUGUCAUUGUGGGAAUCAUGGACAACAACACUCCGGGAUCAAACACUUAUAAAGGAGGAUUUGGUGGCAUUUUUGGUGGUGGAGCCUCUGAAUAUUCAAAUACGGCGUUAGCUGGAGUACCAUUGACUGGAGUGAACCCGAUCUCACCCUACCUCAAUGUUGACCCUCGCUAUCUUGUGCAGGAUUCAGAUGAAUUUAUAUUGCCAACGGGAGCAAACAAAACUCGAGGCCGCUUUGAACUAGCCUUUUUCACCAUUGGAGGAUCCUGCAUGACUGGGGCUGCUUUCGGAACAUUGAACGGGCUUCGUCUGGGCCUGAAGGAGACCAGAGAUAUGGCAUGGUCAAAACCCAGAAAUGUACAAAUAUUAAACAUGGUCACACGGCAGGGAGCGUCAUGGGCGAACACAUUAGGAUCAAUAGCUCUGUUGUAUAGCGCGUUUGGUGUAGCUAUAGAAAAGGCCAGAGGAGCAGAAGAUGACAUUAACACAGUAGCUGCUGGCACGUUAACAGGGAUGAUGUUUAAAUCCACAGGUGGACUAAAAGGAAUCGCCAGAGGAGGUCUUCUUGGAUUAGCCUUGUCAGGAUUAUACGCCCUCUACAACAACUGGGAUCACCUUAAAGGCACAGCUCGUAUACGUUACUGAAGAGGACCCUGAGACCAAACCAUGGACAUUUUUACUCUAACCCUGUCCUCAUCUCCCUUGUUCCAUGUCCCAUUAUAGUGGGAAACAGAAUGGCCAAAAGUUUGGGAUCCUUGGACCACCAUAUUUAUUAUAGGCUUCUCUGAAGGAGUAUGAUAUCUCAUGAUAAUCAGAAAGUAGGAUACAGCCGAGUAAAAUGUCGUCAAAAUUUAUGAACUCCAUGUGUAUGUAUAAUCAUAUCAGGCUGUGUUGUACUGCAGGUCAUCUCUGGGCAGACUGAAGCACCAUUAUAAAUAAUUUAAUUUCUUGUUCCAAGGUUAGAACUUUAUAUAUUAUUGUAAUUCUAAAGAUUUUUACUCUUUCAACAGAUUUCACCAUGCCACUGGGCUUGUGGUAUCCUGUAUCAAGCUCGUAUAAUGUUGACAGGAGAAAAGUGUGUGUAUAAGUAAAUCAGAAUGGUCUUCGACUCCAUAUAUGCAAAUAAAAAAAUUCUCCUGUUAUAGAUACUGAAA